AUGGAACAGAUUUUGGGGCUGGGAUACGGGAACAUACCCGUCGACGAUGUGGUCGAUCAAAGAAACGCAACGCUGUCCUCGCCGUCCGGUUACAGAAUGGUGCCGUGGUUGAACUGGGGCGAGUGGGAGUCCGUCAAGGAUUCUCUCUUCUCUGACUCGCCUCACAAGGUUGCAUUUGCACUCCAUAGAAUAUCGACCUGGCGAAGUAGGGGAUGUCUACCUGUUGUCAUCGAUGUAACGGCUUCAAUAAUUGAAAUUCAGCAGAAGGAUCCGGUUUAUAGAAAGGACCUUUCCGGUGAUGCCGCACAUUCAGAGCAAAUGCUGGCUAUGCUAUAUUGCAUGGCUAUCUUGAGGCUGGUGAACUGUGUCAUUGAGAAGACACGUAAGAAGAAUGAUGCUUCUAUUGGCGAGGCUGCAGGUGCAAUUGGCAUACCUCGCACAUUGAUUGAUAUACGACAUGAGGGCUCUCACCGCGAUCUCCCUGCACUACCUUUGGUUCGAGAUUCUGCUGUUAAGGCGAUUGAGUGGUUGAAGUGGUACUACUGGCAGCCUCAGACGAUGCAGAUUCCAUCUCAAAGGGACGGAGCUUGCAUUAGAAAAGAAAUAAAAUCUAAGCUCCUUGAACUUGCUUCAUGGUCUAAAGUUAAGCAGAUUCCUGAUACCAGGACUUCUCCAUCACCUGGGAAAAAAGGUGGCAGAUAUCAUAAACAGUCUUGUGGCAGUUAUAAGAUUUUCUCAAUGGUGGUGGCCGGAAAGCUCCAUUCAUCCAAAUUUUGUGGUUCCAAGAAAACAGUUUCCAGGAUCCUUAAAUCCCUAGUUCAGUUAAAUUCAUCCUUCCCUUCAGAAAUACUUUCUGUACUACUAGAGUUAUUGCUGAAAGCUUUGGACUCCACAAAUUUGUUGGAGCUUCGAAAUGAAAUCAAAGUCGGUGAAAAAAAUUUACUGGAUGUUUGGAAGCUUAUGGUAACCAGAUUCUCAAAGAAAGAACCUGAGCUGCUUCUUACACUUACCAGAUCAGUCUUAAAUUUGAUUGAGAGUGAAGAAUCAAUGGACUCUAGAAUGGGGAUGGUUCCUCCAUCAACAGAGCAAGAAAUGCAGCCUAGUCGAACCGAAGGACUUGGUUCAGUGUUUUUAUGGCUUAUAGGACAGCUCCAGGGACUAAAGGAGACACUCUUCUCCAAAGACGCAAAAGCCGAGACCAAAAUCAAUUCAACGGGAAUGAGCAUGUCGAAUGCCAUUCUGAUGGGGAUCCUACGCAAAUGCCUCCUCGCCUCAUCUUGUGGCAACAAGCAGCUCAUGGAUGGGGCAAAGCUUCUUGCUGAGCUCACUGGAAAGAGCUCUUUAAUCGAGAAACUCAACAGGUUAAGUUCCCAUUAUUUAUCAGCAGCGGCCCCUGUUCCUGAAGAAACAGCCAGCGGUAGCCCAAAUCACGAAGAAUAUCUCCGUCAAGCUACUGAGAAGUUAAAGGAAGUGUUGCAACACCGUCGAAAUCAGGGACAACUGUUGAGUCCAACUGCUGGUGAAAAAACUGAUUCAGACCGAUGGGUUGUUGCAAAGGGGUGGAACCCUUGCCCUAUAGGAAUGUUGCCCGGAGAUCUCGGUACAUCUGGCCGCCUUCCAGUCCUCGACAGUGAAGAUACAGGCAAGAAGUCCGCCGUGGUACAAGAGAGGGAUCAGACUCCGGAACUGAAAAAAGACAAUAACAGCACGAAACAAUCUGGUGCCAAUUUUCAAUCCUGGGACGAUCGAAGCCUAAAAAAGAGAGAAGCAAGUUGUCUACCGCAAAAGUCAGGUGCUAAAAAGAUGAGACACAGUAGUGAAGUGGAAGAUGAAGCAACUCCAGCUGUCCAUAGCUUGGACGGAUGCUUGCUGAUCGACGGUGCGUGGAAGAAAGUUGCGAAGGAAGAGCUUCUUGGUAUGAUGUCAGCAGUUAAAAUUUUGUUGUAA